AUGGGAGACGAAGGCCAUCCUGCUGCAGCGGCCGCACAUCGACGGCAAGUCCUAGAAGCUGUUCAGCGAGCAGACGCUGUGCUCAGCGCCAACUCGGGCGAUAGAUCGACUAGUGUGGAUGCAUUGUUGGACCUUCGACGUCUCGCUUUUCUCCCAGGCGGUUUUCGUUCAAACGACUUGCGAAAACGUGUGUGGCCGGUCUUGCUGGGUUACUCGUCUGAAGACAUUGCUGCAUUUUACGCCGCGCAUCGCAUCAAGUUGCAGCAACCGCCGUUUGCGUCCACCUCCCACCGCGACGACAGCCAAGUCCGUCUGGACGUCAACCGAUCCAUGGGAAUGUCUCGGUGGACAGACGUAGCAAGUCUCAAGCGCGGCAGUAAGCGCAAGGCUCUUUUCUCCCUUCUCCAUGCCACCCUCUGCAUAUCACCAGACGCGCACUACUUCCAAGGGUUCCACGACGUUGCAAGCGUCUUCCUCCUGACAGUGGGCAUGCCACUUGCUGUUCCGCUUCUCACUCGCAUGAGCACAAGCUACAUGGUCGAGCCCAUGCGUACCAACCUGGACACUGUGUUGCCGCUCUUUUCGCUACUCUACCCGCUGAUUGCCACGCAAGACCCGAGCUUGGCCAAGCACAUUGCAGGUUCCGUGGACCAUGCGUACUUCGCCCUUCCUUGGAUCCUCACCUGGUUUGCCCACCAAGUCGACGCGCUCCAUGACGUGGCGAGAUUGUACGAUGUUUUGUUGGCAUCGCACCCAAUAUUCCCGCUGUAUGUGGCCGCAACGCUGCUCCUGAAAAAUCGAGCCACGAUUUUGGCGGUGGAGCCGGACUUUGCCGAUCUGCACUCGACACUGCAAUCCCUUGGCCACGGCAUCAUGGACGAUGUGGAAGGCGUUCUCGAAGCGGCAAACGAUCUCUUCCACAAUAUUCCUCCAAGAGACAUUGUAGAAACCGCGGCCGCGUCGACCGCUGCUGUGCGGCAGUCCACAUACAUGUCAUAUCCACUCCCUCACCAGAGGCGCCUUGGAGUUGCCGACGAUGCCGCGACCCAUGGAGCGAGGAGACUGGAUCUCAUGCAGUACGGCUUGGUCUGUGGAGUCGUGGUCGGUGUCGUCGCCGUCGCCGCCGCGAUUCUGCCGUCCUUUCGCAGACAACACCACUUACAAUCAAGUUGAAUGGCAUACGUAAAUAAUUUAAUUUUAAUUAUUCCAGCCC